GGUGGGAAGAAAGGGGAGAACUUUGACAAGUUCUUCACGGCGGCUCCGUCCGUGCUGACACCCUCUGACCCUGACGUUCUGGCGGCCAUUGACCAGGAAGACUUCCUGGGCUUCUCCUUCAUUAACCCUGAGCUCGCCCCCCCGACCCUCACUGCCAUCUGAGGGGGGGCAGCUCUCUCUCUCCACCCACACUUUUUUGAAGGGCACAACUCUGUUUCGCUCUACUCUCCUCUCUUUCGGAGGGGGAAGCUCUCUGUAUUUUUAUCCUCUUCUCUUGGUCUGAAGGGAGCAGCUCUGUCUCUCUCUAUCCUCUCUGUUUGAGGGGGAGGGAGCAGCUCUGUCUCUCUCUAU